UAGGCAUAUUUUAAUAGCUACUACUACCACUUCUUCUUCUUCUUUCAUCCUCGUUGUUGUGGUCGACAGUCGCCACACAGACCCUGUCCGGUUGAUUGAUUUCCGAUACGUUGUGUGUAGUUCGGUUCCCGUAAGCGCGAAAAAUGAGUCGAUUAAUGACAUUGUUGCUAUGUGUUUUCGCGACGAUGGCAUUGGCGGAGGCUAGAGUUCGUCGCUACAAGUGGGACGUGAAGUAUGAGUUCAAGUCACCGGACUGCUACAAGAAGCUGGCCAUGACCAUCAACGGAAAGACCCCAGGUCCGGCCAUUCUGGCACAACAGGGAGACACCGUCGUUGUGGAAGUCACCAACGGCUUGGUGACAGAGAAUCUCGCAAUUCAUUGGCACGGAAUCCGACAAAUUGGAACCCCAUGGAGCGAUGGAACAGGGGGUGUGACUCAGUGUCCCAUUUUUCCAGGAGACACUUUUACCUAUCGUUUUGUUGUUGAUCGGCCCGGAACAUACUUGUACCACGCUCAUUAUGGGAUGCAAAGAGAGGCCGGACUGUAUGGAUCGAUCCGAGUUUCGCUGCCGGACAGCAUGGUCAAACCAUUCACUUACGACUACGACAAGAGCAUCAUCCUCAGCGACUGGUACCACCAGAGCACUUAUGAACAAACUUCUGGUCUAUCCUCCAUUGACUUUGUUUGGGUCGGGGAGCCUCAGUCACUGCUAAUCCAAGGGAAAGGAAAGUUUGAUUGUUCCAAAUUGGCCCCUCCAAGCUCAGAUCCAUCGGCUUGUAAUGCAACCAAUCCUGAAUGUUCAACGUACAUACAAACAGUCGUCCCCGGAAAAACAUAUCGCCUCAGAAUUUCAAGUUUGACCACUCUAUCUGCUCUCAGCUUUCAAAUUGAGGGUCACAACAUGACUAUAGUUGAAGCAGACGGGCACUAUGUAGAGCCAAUUGUGGUCCAAAAUCUGUUCAUCUACUCGGGCGAGACGUACUCUAUCUUGAUCAAAAUCGACCAAGAACCGUCGAGAAAUUACUGGAUCACGACCAACAUUGUUGGCCGGGAUGCCACGGCCACAACCCCUCCUGGUCUGGCUGUCCUUAAUUAUUACCCGAACCAUCCGAAGCGGGUCCCACCCACGGAUCCGCCUGCCGGCCCGAUUUGGAAUGACGUCACGCCACGAUUGGCUCAAAGCUUGGUUAUCAAAGCCCGCCAAGGAUACAUCCACACUCCACCGCCCAAAUCUGACCGAGUGAUUGUGUUCCUCAACAUGCAGAACGAGAUCGACGGAUAUGUUCAUUGGUCCGUGAACAAUGUGUCACUCACGCUCCCGCACACGCCAUACCUGAUUGCCCUCAAGGAGAAUCUCCACCACGUGUUUGAUCAGCGCCCGCUGCCUGACCAGCUAUAUAACUUUGCAGACUACGAUAUCUACCACGUCGCAAACAACACCAAUGCCACCUCUAGCAACGCAAUCUAUAGACUAAAGUUCAACACUACAGUGGACAUCAUAUUGCAAAAUGCAAACACUUUGAACGCGAACAACAGCGAGACGCACCCGUGGCACCUCCACGGCCAUGAUUUCUGGGUCCUUGGGUAUGGGACGGGGAAAUUUGACAUCGAUAACGACCCAAAGAAGUACAAUUUGGCAAACCCGAUCAUGAAGAACACGGUGCCGGUCCAUCCUUACGGGUGGACCGCACUCAGAUUUAUUGCGGAUAAUCCGGGCGCUUGGCUGUUCCAUUGCCAUAUAGAGUCUCAUUUUUAUAUGGGCAUGGGCGUGGUGUUUGAAGAAGGUAUCGAAAAGGUGGGCAAGUUGCCUUCGGAGAUCAUGGGUUGUGGUGAGACAAAAGGCUUCGAGAGACCAUAACAAGAUUAUCCAUACGAUGAUCCUCCGUUUAUCUGCGAAAUCGAUAAGACACGGACGAGUUGAGACGCAGAUACUAGCAAACUUGACUUUACUCGGCAUGAAAGAUUGGUGAUGUGGGACAAGAUUUCGCAGAACUGGAUUUACACUCUGACAUUCAGUAAAUUGAUUAAUUUUCUGUGGACAGAAAUGUAUGCACUUUAUUGUACCAAGGCUAGUCACUCUUUCUUUGAAUAAAUUUCUGUUUAUUUCUUUUUGUUA